AUGACCGCGCCGCCCCGCAAGCGCCAGAAGAGUCGCGGGCGUCGCAAGUCCAAGACGGAGCGUCUGGCCCGAUCCACGGACGUUGCUGUAUCGUCUGAGAAUCUGCUCCAGCUCCUUCAGGGCAGCUCCAGUCACGAAUGGGACGCAGCGCAAAGUCUCGCCCAGCAAAUGGGUACACUGGAAGCACGGGCGACUGUUGUCCGCGUGCUUUUGCAGGAACGAGAGGCCCCCCGAGCCGCGGCGCACUAUGCGAAGCGCCUGAAUCUCCGUGAUGAAGAGCUGGUGUCUGCGGUGACGUCGAGUGGGGCGGUUUCUCCCUUGCUCCUGGCGCAAUUUUUCGUGGAAUUGGAGGAAGAAACACUUGCCACGAGCAAGCGUCUGGACCGAUUUGUAUGGCCCUGGAUGCUGCAGUCAGUGGAGAAGAAAGAGCACAAGAUGGCGGUGAAGGCAGCGGUGCAUUUGAUGCUGCACCCGACCGCUUCAGACGAUGUCAAGAUGCACGACAAGCGGGAGCGGGGCAGGAGACUGCAACGAGCACUAGUGACGCAGUGUCUACGGACUGGGAAAUUGCUGCAUCUGGUGCCGAUGCACGCGAAAGCGUUUGCCGAUCAGAUGGAUGUCCAUUUUGCAGCAAGUGCUGGAAAUGAUGAAGAGAACCAGUGUCUAAGAGUCGAUCAAGACAAUGAGAAGGAGCUGCAGAUCCGGCAACGACUGGCCUGGCGUGUACAAGAAUGUCUUUGUCUGAUGUGGCCAGAUGCGCGUGUGGAAGUAUUUGGUUCCUCCGUCACUGGUCUCCUGCCGAACCCUGAUGAAGCAAAUCAAAAACCUGCUGAUGUCGAUCUCUGCGCUCUGUUGCCAUCGGCACCACAGUUCCGCCAGGAAACGGCGGACUUGGUCACGGAAGUCAAAGACCAUUUGAGUCUGUAUCUUCUGCAUGACAUCACGGAUGGAAUGGAAGGCAGUGUUUCUGCAGUAAGGGGGGCACGAAUCCCCAUUGUUCGCUUUCGAGAUCCAUCAACCGCAUUGCCAUGCGAUCUUUGCGUUAACAACGUGCCUGCAUUAUGGAACACGCGUCUUAUAAGAUGGCUGAUGUACGGUGGUGCUGACACACGUUCGUCAGAGCGAAGAAGGCAGCUUCAGCAUGUGCGACAACUGUGUAGAUGGCUCCGUAAGUGGCGCCAGACCAAAGCGCGUGUGAUUGGUAGCGCUGUGAGCUCGUAUGGACUCACGUUGCUUGCGCUGUACUACCUUCAGCGUGUUAGUGUCUUGCCCGUACUCGACUGCAGCUCACACGUUGUGGAAGAUGGCUCUUCGUUACGUGCACUGUCUGGGAAUGAUAUCGACAAACGCCUUGAAGCUGUUGACAAGCGAUUUGUCGGUACUGGAGAAUCAGAAAACAAGGUGUACGAUUGGUUGGCACUUCGAUGUGGCUUUUUCUGUUUCUACACUUGUCACUUCGACUAUGAGCACACUGUAGUGAGCUUGCGGACAGUUGAUGUCAUGACAAAGACCCAUAAGGGCUGGUCUCGUCAAAACGACGUUCGUCUGUGUCUUGAAGAUCCAGUGGAAACUGAGCGCGACCUGGGAUUGCUCUGUUCUAGACGCGCACUCGGUCGUCUACGCUGUGCUUUUGCCCAUGCGUGCGUUGUGCUGAGUAACGGGGACGACACAAAAGAAGGUGGGACGGUUUUACAGGCAGCACAGCAAGGUAUGGAGGUAAACCUGCUGGCGUCGUGGGCCUACGAAGAGGAAAACGCAUGCGAGGCAGAAGACGUUAAGAAGGCAGCAAGCAGCAAGACGCUGGUUUGA